AUAACUUUAGAUUUAAGUUAAUUUAGAUGAAUUCCGUUAAUUUAAGAAUUUGAAUUGUAACGUAAAUUUCUACUACGCAGUUUAUUUGAAUAACUUCACAACAACAACUACUGUAUAGAUUUUUCUACAUCCUUCCAUUUCCUCUUUCAUUUUCUAUUUUGUUGCUGACGUACAAUUCUUGUUAAACGUCAUCAUUGAUGAUCGCUUAAUUCCUCUUUCUUUGUUACCCCCUCGCCUGUGUAUGUGUUGUUGUUAUUGUUCACUCAAUGUAAGUUUGUAUGUGUUGUUGUUAUUGUUCACUCAAUGUAAGUUUGUAUGUGUUCGUUGCAUUGGUAGAUUGUUCAUAAUCUAGGCGUUACCAGAUCGUCUAGAAACUUCUGUAGCGACAGGCGAGGCUCAUAUAAAUAGGGGAAAUGGAAAGGCAGUUAGUCAGUUGUGAAUCAGAUCGCGAAUUGAAACCGUCGAGUAAAGUGCAAAGUAAAGUUGUGUGAAUAAAAUCAUUGUAAUAAUCGUAAUCCGAAAGAACCCGCGUUUUAUUUGGUACGAGCUGUAUUGGGAAAUAAAACAACGUCUACACGGGAUUAAGUAAAAUCCAAGAACGUAACAAUUGGUGUCAGAAGUGGGAUUACGAUAAUACUACGAUGAAGUUUAAGGAUCUACGAGUGGAAGACUUGAAGAAGGAACUUAAUAAAUUGGAAUUGUCCUCUACUGGCAACAAGGCUGAACUACAAAAACGUCUGUUGGAUGAGUUCGAGCGCCGUGGUAUGAACAUCGAUACAUAUGAGUUUGACAGUAAGGAUGAAGUGGAUUUAUCGGAAAUGGGCGAAUCCAACGGUGGGGAAGUCUCGUCAGUAGCUGCCAGGGGUGACGAUUUCAGAGAAAUGCUAGCCAAAAUGUUUGAGGAAAAUUUCAGAAGGUUCGAAGAAAAUUCAAGAAUAACGAACGAGAAACUCGAGUACAUUGCAGAAGUUAUUGGAAGGAGAGUGGAAACCGUGGAGGUCCAAAUUAAAGAGUUGGAUAAGAAAGUGCAGUCGGUUGACGAGAAAUUUCUGUCCCACGACCAUAGGGUUACAAAUCUGGAGAAGAAAAUUUCGGAACUGGAAAUCAAAGGUGGUCCGGUGCGAGUUCCUGAUAACACACUAAAAAUCAAACCUCCUGUAUUCGACGGCUCUACGUCAUUCAAUGUUUUCAAGUUACAGUUCGAGACAGCGUCUUCUAGAAAUUCGUGGAACGACAGCGACAAAGCGGUUGCACUACUUCUGGCAUUGAAGGGCAGUGCUACUGAUGUUAUACAGAGUAUUCCUGUCGCUUCUAGAAACAACUAUGAAGAUGUUAUUGCUGCACUGGAACGUAAGUACGGUGGCGAACAUAAACGAAACAUCUACCUUAUGGAAUUAAGGGGAAGAGUACAGAGGGCAAACCGUAUGAAAAUCGAAACCUUUGUGAAUGGCAUACGUGACCCUGAGAUUAAGUAUGCAACAUAUGCGUCACCAAAAGCAUCAUUUUCCGAAACUGUGUCGUUUGCCCUUGCCCAAGAGACGGCAAGAAUAGUUGUUAAGCCCCAGACCCACAUGAUUCGCCAACUGGAGACCGAAGGUUGCGAACCCAAAUCUCUCGUUAACUCGAUCGAAGACGCCAUGAGGCGGGUAAUAGAAGAGACAAAGUUAGUUGGGAUGACUAAGCCCAGGGUUAGAUGCUACAACUGCGAUAAAGCAGGUCAUAUUGCGCGCGAAUGCAGAGCUAAGCGCAAACGAUCCAGGUCAUCGUCACCACCUCCAACGAAAGAUGGUAGAAGAAUGGCCCAACAGUCCACCAAUGAGUCACAGUUAAACUAAAUC